GGCUGGGCUGAGCCAUUUCUUUCUUACAAGGCAGGGGGUGGAACACAGUGCAGUUUCACCCAUCUGUUAAGGCACAGCAGAAUCUGUUUAUUGGACAAGGCUAGCUUGCCCCUGCAUCAGCUCUCCCUCCCUUCUCCUUUUUGUUUUGUUCUGUUUUUUUGCCCCCUCCGAAGCCCAAGUACAGCUUUGUCGUGUGAGAAUUACUGCAUUGGCUUGUGGAGGCGGCGGUUUUCUGCUAGCUGUUAGUGUAAGCUCGCCCAUUCUUUGACGUGCCUGAGCAUGUCCAUGUUGGGGACAUCGCACUGUCUACCUGAAGGAGCACACUAUCCGCAACCAUCAGCCGACCUCUCAAGGAUCUGAACCAACGCUCACCAUGGGUUUCUACGGCACUUUAAAAAUGAUCUUUUUUAAAAUGAAGAGAAAAUUGGACCCUGGCCCUGAGGUCCGGUCUUUCUCUUCAGGAAAGAAACCUUGCAAAGGUUCAGACUACAAAAGCACCGCUGGGCUGGUUCCAUGUUCGGCAACACCCACCACCUUUGGUGAUCUGAGGGCAGCAAAUGGGCAAGGGCAACCGCGACGCCGGAUCACAUCCAUCCAGCCCCCUCCAGAACUUCAGGAUUGGUUGAAAACUUUUCAGAGUUGGAGUGGACCAGAAAGGUUGCUUGCAUUAGAUGAAUUAAUUGACAGCUGUGAACCUACGCAAGUAAAGCACAUGAUGCAGGUUAUAGAACCUCAGUUUCAACGAGAUUUCAUAUCACUCCUACCAAAAGAGCUGGCAUUAUAUGUUCUUUCAUUCCUGGAUCCCAAGGACUUGCUACAAGCAGCACAAACCUGUCGCUAUUGGAGAAUAUUAGCUGAAGAUAACUUGCUUUGGAGAGAGAAAUGUAAAGAGGAAGGAAUAAAUGAACCUGUAUACAUCAAAAGAAGAAAAGUGAUCAAACCAGGCUUUGCUCACAGCCCUUGGAAAAGUGCCUACAUCAGACAACACAGAAUCGACACUAACUGGCGCUGUGGAGAUCUAAAAAUCCCAAAGCAGGUGCUGAAAGGUCACGAUGAUCAUGUAAUCACAUGCCUGCAGUUCUGCGGGAACCGAAUUGUCAGUGGCUCUGACGACAACACACUGAAAGUAUGGUCAGCUGUUACAGGAAAGUGUUUAAGAACGUUAGUGGGGCACACUGGUGGUGUCUGGUCAUCACAAAUGAGAGGCAAUAUCAUCAUUAGUGGAUCCACUGAUCGCACAUUGAAAGUAUGGAAUGCAGAUUCUGGAGAAUGUAUUCAUACACUAUAUGGUCACACCUCUACUGUGCGUUGUAUGCACCUACACGAAAACAGAGUUGUGAGUGGAUCUCGAGAUGCUACUCUCCGUGUCUGGGAUAUUGAAACAGGACAGUGCUUGCAUGUGUUGAUGGGACACGUGGCCGCAGUGCGAUGUGUGCAGUAUGAUGGGCGAAGAGUUGUUAGUGGGGCAUACGAUUUCAUGGUUAAAGUAUGGGAUCCUGAAACAGAAACUUGUCUGCAUACGUUACAGGGACACACCAACAGAGUCUAUUCAUUACAGUUUGACGGCAUCCAUGUAGUAAGUGGUUCACUUGAUACCUCUAUUCGUGUAUGGGACGUGGAGACUGGGAAUUGUAUUCACACGCUAACAGGACAUCAGUCAUUAACAAGUGGGAUGGAACUGAAGGACAAUACUCUAGUGUCUGGUAAUGCAGAUUCCACUGUGAAAAUCUGGGACAUCAAAACCGGACAGUGUUUACAGACAUUGCAAGGGCCUAGCAAACAUCAGAGUGCUGUGACAUGCCUCCAAUUCAACAAGAACUUUGUGGUAACUAGCUCGGAUGAUGGCACUGUAAAACUAUGGGACCUGAAAACGGGGGAGUUCAUUCGGAAUUUGGUUACACUGGAGAGUGGAGGCAGUGGAGGUGUUGUUUGGAGAAUCAGAGCAUCGAAUACAAAGCUAGUUUGUGCAGUGGGAAGCAGAAAUGGGACUGAGGAAACAAAGCUGCUUGUGUUGGACUUUGACGUGGACAUGAAGUGAAGAAGUGGAAUAGGAAUUUGUCCAUCUGUUAAGUCAGUGUACAUCACCCUGCUGUUGGUGGCUACAGGAUGUUGGCUUCGGAUGCCAUGAUGAAGACACAAAGACCUAGAGAUCGCUGGGAAAGGCAGGAAGGGAGGACAUAAUAUAACUGACACAGUCUGACUUGGUCGGAUGCACACUUUGUCUUGUUAUAUCUGACUUCCCUUUGCCCUUGGGCAGUUCUGUCCAGAAAGACUUGAUACAAAGCCUAGUGCAAUUAUUAUUUUUUUAUUGAUUAUCAGCACCCAGGUCACAGCAGCAAGGCAUAAAAAAAAAUUAUUUGAGAAGUUGUGUUUUAAACAAGCUGCUUAUCAGGCCGAGAGCUGGUUUUCUUAAAGACUUGGAUUACGUCUGCCUCAGUUUGUCCUUUCAGGUUUCAACAUUUGAAACCUUACUGUGAAUUUUGUACAAUUUUUUAUAUAUAUAUUAAAAUGAAUAAAUAUAUAUAUAUAUAAAAAGCCUAAUGUUGCCAACAAUCGGUCACAGUAUUAACAUGUAUUUCUCUAUUUAUUCACCACUGCUUCCAGAUUAUUUUAAUGAGGGUUAUAUCGUUCUUCGGAGGCAAAUUAUCCUGAGUGAUUAAAGAACUCCAAAACAUGCGGAGUUGUUGGGAUUAUUCGAAUAGGUCUUGCUAAAGUCGUCCCAUCCCUGUACUGUAAUCCCAGUGGCCAAAUAAAUUGCUGCUAUGUCUUCUAUUGUGACAUUUCACAUCCAGAUUCUAGUUCAAAAUUUGAUCUGGAAUGGAUAAUUUUUGACUUUUAAAAAAAGGCAAUUGCCACAGAAACUUGAGCCAACUGUGCCUCUAGGAGGCUGAAAGAAAGAAAGAUGGCCUGCAAGAAGGAAACUGAGAAGAGUUAAGUGCUAUAUCGGAAUGUUUUUUGUUUCUGGACUAUGUUGAACACAUUCCUUCAGAAGGGAGCUCUUUCAGCCUGUAUUAUAGAGAAUUUUAUUGUGAGGUCUAUAGUGGAACAGAUAAAAGAAUUAAGGUUACUGACAUAAUGCAAAAAGAACACAGGAGUCAAGUGAGAUGGGCAUAUAAAAUAAAAGAUGUCAUUGCUGGUCAGUCUUAGUGUAAACAGUAUUGAAAUAUCCAACUGCUACAGAAUCACUGACAAAGCAAAACUGAAUGUUUUGUCUUGAAACAGUGCCGGUAAAAUAGCUAAAUUGUUUGUCUCAUCAUUAUUCAGAAUUCACAACUCAACAUGAACUGUGAAAGUGGUUUAACACUGUAUACUAAACAACCUUGAGUGAGAUGCUUUGUUUUUCUUUUUAUUUUCCUGUUAAUUUAUAGUCUGGUUUUUAAAAGCAAAAAGAUAAAAAUCAGAUUUCAGGUAUUUUACUUUACAGUAUGUAACUGCCUGAUGUAAUGGUGAAACCUAAAAGGGAUUGUGUCUAUGGUUUGAUUCACUUAGAAUUUUUAUUUUCUUAUAACUUAAGUGCAAUAAAAUGUGCUUUUUCCAUUUGAAAUCGUUGUGCAUGUUGAGUUUCCCCAUUUGGAGUGUGUGGUUUGUAUUGAAUAAUAUUUUCCUUGUCAUUCAAAUGACCUCUUGUCUCGCCCAGGCCUGAAUCUCUAGCACAGUUGAUCAGUGCUAAAGUCACCAGUUUCCAUAUGCUCGUUUGAUUUUUAAUGCAGUUGUAUAUAAAACACAGGUGUUUUUGCAGUGCCUUACCAGGAUGGAUGUGAGAAAAAUAAGACCACAUUAUAGUUAUGCCAGUUUUGCCAAUAAUUGCUCACAAAGGUUCAAAAGAUGCCAAUUAAGUUUUAUAUGGCAAGGAUCAAAUAAACGUAUUUUAUUUUUACUGGCACCAUAUUUAUAUGGGCUUUCCUCGUUCCUCUUCUGUAAGUUGUGUGAUUACAUGGGUCAGGACCUUCACAUUUUGUGCUACUAUUAUCUCUUCAAACAGUAGUGGAGGUAGCUCAGUGAAUACACCCAAUAAAGAGCUGAGAUACAUG